CUGACAUCUCCAUCCAAAUUUCAGCCAUCUCAGGAAUCUACAAGACCCCACAGCUUCAUGCUUUCCUCAGAAAGGUUUAUAACACAUCCUCAGACAGACCGCAUUUGGAUGAAAAUGACGAAGUUACAUUUGACUUUGCUAUUAUAAAUUGGGUGUUGUCUCCCAACUGGUCUCAUGAUGCAGUGAAAAUUGGGAGUAUCAGUGGCCAGACAUCCCUUAACAUGAAGUUGACCAUUAAUCCAGAAGCCAUUGUGUGGCCCCAGGAGUUGAACAAGACAGGGCCUCAUGGCAAGUGUACCAAAAGCUGCCACCCUGGAUACGUUAAGGCCAUUCAGGAAGAAAAGCCCAUUUGCUGCUAUGCUUGUUGUCCAUGUGCAGAAGGAACAAUCUCUACCCAGGAAGAUGCAAAUGAUUGCAAGAAGUGUCCGGACGACCAGUAUCCAAACAAGAACCGAGAUCAAUGUAUCCCAAAGGUUAUCGGCUUCCUUGCUCAAGAGGAAACUCUGGGGAUCAGCCUGACUUCCUCUGCUCUCUUCUUGUCUUUCACUACAUCUUUUGUAUUUAGCAUCUUUAUCAAACACCACGAAACUCCAUUGGUCAAAGCCAACAACCGCGACCUCUCCUACAUUCUCCUUGUCUCCCUCCUGCUUUCCUUUCUGUCCUCCUUACUAUUCAUUGGCCAGCCUGGGAAGGUGAUCUGCCUUCUCCAACAAACCACAUUUAGCCUCAUCUUCUCAGUUGCCGUCUCUUCUGUGCUGGCCAAAACCAUCACUGUGGUGGUUGCCUUCAUGGCCACCAAGCCAGGGAACAAGAUGAGGAGAUGGCUCGGGAAGAGUUUGGCCUACACCAUGGUCAUUUCUUGUUCUGGUGUUCAAAUAAUCAUCUGCAUUCUUUGGCUGGGGAUCUCUCCACCUUUCCCAGACUCCGACAUGCACUCCCAGCCUGGACAAAUCAUCCUUCAGUGUAACGAAGGAUCUCUGACCAUGUUUUAUGGGGCCCUUGGCUACAUGGGGUUCCUGGCUGCCAUCUGUUUCACAGUGGCUUUCUUAGCCAGGAAGCUGCCUGGGGCAUUCAACGAAGCCAAGCUGAUCACCUUCAGCAUGUUGAUCUUUUGCAGUGCUUGGGUCUCCUUUGUGCCUGCCUAUCUGAGCACGAAGGGGAAAUACAUGGUGGCUGUCCAAAUCUUUUCUAUCUUGACUUCCGCUGCUGGGUUGCUGGGUUGCAUCUUUAUUCCAAAAUGCUUCAUUAUUUUAUUGAGGCCUGAUCUCAAUGCAAAGGAACAUCUAGUGACGAAUACAAGAAAUGAGUUCUAAUCUCUAGGAGAAUGAAGAAUUCUCUUCCCCCCCAGAAUUUGAACAAAACAGAAUCAAAAACAGAAGCCACAGUUUUUGGUGGAGGAAGGACAUAGUGAACCCCUUCUCACAACAUAAGCAACCUGGGUUGGAAAGAGUUAACCCAGGCAGCUUGUGCCAUCUGGGCUACUGGGAGGCCUUCUGACAACAGCUGCUUCAAACCUAGGAAGGCCUGAUUAGCAAAUCAGUUAUAAAGUGAGGUAGGUGGACCUGGAGUCCAUCGUACCUCACGUUGUGGUUGUCUGGAGCACCAUGGCAGUAAAAACAGUUGCCAGGAGUGGCAGACAUAGAAUGCUGGGAGGGGAAAGGCCAGG